AUGGAAACAUUAAAUAAAUAUAAAGAUUCAGGUGUUAAAAACAUGAACAGUAGUAAAUUUGAGGAAGCCAUCACUGAUUUCACAAAAGUUAUUGAUGGUCUUGAACCAAAUAAUGAGGAAGAAGCAAUGUUGAAGAUGACAUGCUUGUCAAACAGAUCAGGAUGCUACCUUGCCGUUGCCAAACGUGAGGAAGCUUCAAAAGAUGCCACAGAAAUCAUCAAUAUCUACCAAAAAUUCCGACCAGAAGAAAUACAGGCCAAAAUGACAAACGAACAGAUUAAACAGGACAAGCUGACAUUCCUUCUUUCUCUCGCUUUUGUAAGGAGAGGUAAUGUAUUCGAAUCACAGAUCCAGUUACUUGAGGCAUUGCAACAAUAUGCACAAGCUGUCACACUUGAUUUUGAAGGAGCUGGACAGAUGGGUAUGAGAAGCAUCCUUAAUCGUCUUGGCGUACCUCAAUUUGACCAAGACGACCCAGAACUCAAACCAUUUUCGGAAUUACUUGCAUUACUCUUAGAUCCGACAUCACUGUUAACGGAUCUCGUUGGUAUUACCAAAGCAGCUAACGAAUCCGUUAUGGAUGCUAACUUAAUCAAAAAAUUGAACUCGACCGGAUGCUGCAGAAUCCUUUACGCAGUUAUACAGCUCUAUUUAGGCGAAGAGAUGCUCGUUCUUGCAUCAUUGGUCGCUAUUAGAGCACUCGUUGAGCAUGGUGUCGGUGAUCUUUUCGCUCAAGCUUUAAUUACUCGCGCAGUUGUACAAAACUGGGGCCAAAAUGCACCAAUUAUGGGAGCAGUCUUAAUGUUCUUACGUUUAUUACCUCAACAACUACUUCCUUCCCUUAAUGCAGUCGAUUUCAUUGGUCCAAUACUAAAAUCACUCGAUUUAGAGCUUAAAGAAGACGAACAAGAAGCAGCAUACUACUUACUCCUCCAUCUUAUGGAGAAAGAAGAACAUUUCCUUAAGGUUGGCAUAGAAGGAGGAAUAUCCAAAGCAAUUUCGGCCAAAACCAAAGGAUCUUUGAUUUUCCUUUCGAAAUCAUGCCAGCUCCGCCAGAACGCACGCAUGCUCGAAACAGAAAACGGCGGACCAGACUGGAUUUUCGACGUAAUUUCUAAAAACACCGAUAAUUUGACGGUUUUAUCGGCCACAUCAAUCUUAAUUACACAUAUGUUCAUGGGAGCCGCAGAUGACAAAGAACACAAUCUCCCAACACCACCAGUAGAAGAGCUCAAGAAACGCGCAGAAAAAGCUUAUUCUUUGAUGUUUCCUGCUGCAACCAAAUUUGCGAAAGAACCUGAUUUGGUCAGUAACUUAUUUGCAGCAUUAGCAAGCUGUGCUGAGUUUGCAACUGACUACAUUCAUCAGAAUAGAGCUAUUCAAGCUGCUUCAGCCAUAUUGAUGCUGAAUGAGAAAGACGAAGGAUGCGCGUUGAAUAUUAUCUCUUUCUUGUACGCGUGUGUGACAUCAGGAUUAGUUGAAGAUGUUAAACAAACAAGGUCUGCAAUGCCAACUGUUAUGAAAGCGCUCCAACAACAUGCAAAUAACUUAUUGCUUGUUGAGAGAGCUGUUGCAAUCGCUUGUGAAGUUGACAACCCGAAGAAAUUGGAGCUUUUAAAGCCUGCUUUGGAACAAAAUCCUUCUUCACCAAUUUUGGCAAAAUAUUCUUCCUUACUUGUAUAA